AUGGAAAGUACAGACAGCAAUGACGGGCACGCCCGUGCGGCCAACGAAGAUUCGCCUCUUUUGGUACACAACGACAGAGAUGUCUCCAACACCUCCAAUCAGUCAGCUGCGUUUACACGCAAAAGCAUCUACGCCGUCACAAGCAUCAUUGGCACCGUGGUGCUUGUCGAAGCGGCGUCCAUUCUGAACGAUGUUCCCAUCUACGAGGUCCUCGAAGACAUUAUUUGCCGCCAGAUGGGCCGGAUGGGCAUUGGAGACAAUGGAGACAAUGGAGACAAUGGCACACGCGGCUGCUCCGGUGACGCAGACGUGCAGGCCGAAUUGGCGUUUCUGCGCGGGUGGCAGUUGACGCUCGAGCUGCUCCCCGGCAUCCUCAUGGCUAUCCCCUACGGCAUUAUCGGGGAUCGAUACGGACGCAAGGUCAUGUUCGUCGUCUGCAUGGUGGACAUUCUGCUCACGCAGCUGUUCUACCUGCUGGUCUGCUGGCGCUCCGACAUCUUUCCGGUGCGGCUGACCUGGGCAGCGUCCGUCUUCACCUUCAUUGGUGGCGGGCCGGUGAUCCUCAACGGCAUUGUGUUUGCCAUGCUGUCCGAUGUGUCACCCGAGGCAUCGCGGUCGACCGUCUUCUUUUACUUUGGCGCCGCCGUCUUCGCCGUCGAGCUUGUCUUUAGCUCACUUGCGGCCUUUUUGAUGCAACGUGUGAGUGUUUGGGCGCCGAUCCAGUUGAGCCUAGCCCUAUUUGUGCCGGUUGUUCCGCUGUGUUUGACACUGCCGGAAACAUUACGAAAGGAGGGUCCCACCUCGACCGAUGUUGCAGGUACAGACAACGGUGCAGAGAACGGUACAGCGAACGGUGCAGAGAACGAUGCAGCCGGACCCGCAUCCCGACCAAAGACCAUACGGAACGCCUUGUCAGACACGGCAGCCAGCGUUGCUGCCUCCACGGCGUUUCUAUUCAACGGUGCCGACCACCAGGUCGGGCUGCUUCUGGCCACCCUUCUCACCACAACCCUCGGCCGCCAUGCGCAGGACAUCUUGUUGCAGUUCACGCGUGGCCGCUACGACUGGUCAUGGGCCCAGGCAGGCUACCUCGUGUCCCUCAAAGCAUUUGUCGUGCUGCUCCUCCUCCUGGUGCUCCUGCCCGCCAUCAGCACCAACUACGCGCUGACCCGCUGGUGGCCGCUCCUGGCCGGCGUCCGCACGCCGCAACAGCGUGACCUGUGGCUGGCCCGCGCCAGUUGUGUCCUUCUCAUCGUCGGGUGUUUCGUGGUUGGUCUGGCGCCCACUGCGGCCUCCAUGAUCGCGGGCCUCGUCGUGUACUGCCUGGGAAACGGCUACAACCUCAUCCUGCGUAGUUUGCCGCCGUCCUCGUGGAGCCAGAGCACCGUGGAACACUUUAUAAUGCGGCUGGACUUCUCGAGAGUACCGGUGCCGUUAUCGCGGGUCCACUACUAG